AUCACAGUCCAUACAGUGAACUUCAAUGAUCAUUGGUAACUUGUGAUGGCGGCUUGCCAAAUUUGUCGUGAGUUGGUGGUGGCAUCGUGUUUUGGAGUGGAUUUUAGUGUAAUAUUUCAGGCUCAUAACAUCUGAACAAUUUAAUUGGAGUGUUGGCCAUAUAUUUAUAUAUUUGACAGUGGCAUGACAGAACAUUAAGAAUCGUGAGAAUGGUCGGCACCUGAGGGUGAUUCCAAAUUCUUUCGCUCAACAACUUUGUGCGAAUUUAUCGUUUGUACGGCUGCGUGUGUCAGCUGAAAAUGGCUGACAGUUUGGAUAUUGAUUUGUACGCAAAUGAGUUAGACCAAGAGUUUACCACAAAGCCUGAACAUUAUUCGAUUACUCCCAGUACAAGCCGAAGCUACUUAUCGAAAUCUCUACCCAAGGUAGUGAAGUGCGAUCCACAAUCUGCACUUUCUGACUGUACAAUGUGCGUAGCAAAAGAUGCGAAAAAUCUUUCAAAUUCUCAAUUUCAAUCGGGAGUUCACGAUAUUUCCUAUGAUAAACAAAGUGAUGCAUUUUAUACGAAUUCCGACGACAGUUUAUCCUCAGAUAAUGCAUCAUCCGGCAACAAUUCGUCUUAUUUUUGUAAAUCACAUAAAGAUUUAAUUAAGAACAAACUUACUGAAAACAGCAAAGAUGCGGCCAAAGUACCUGAAAAUUGCCGAACAACAGAAAAAGUUAUUUUAGAGCCGAUUCCUUCGACAUCAUCUUAUGGCUCACAGCCGCAAUGUUCCAGUUUACUUGGAAAUUCGGAGGUUGCCAUAAAUAAAAAUACCAUAUUAUCAAAUCAAACGGACGCAACAGCUAUGUCAGAAUCGCCAACUUUGCCAUUGAGAAAUAGUCACAUCUGUAGUUUCUCAACAAUUGAUGAAAAUAAUCCAACAUCUAAUUUAAUAUCAUCGAAUUUAUCGAAUGAAAGUAAAAAGGAAGAGAUACUAGAGGAUGCUUGUGCGGUUUCUUUUUUUUGUAAACAAACCAACGAUUUCAAUGAUGAUACUUGGGGGGAUUGCGAUGAAACAUCUGAUGAAGAAGUGUGCACUUGUUGCAGUUAUUCCACUCAAACGAACAAUGAUUUGGAGGAUGAGCUACCAUCAAAAGAUGUCGAUUUAUCGAAAUAUAUGCAAUCUGUAACUAUGACUGAGGAUCUGCUCACGAAGAACAGUACUACUACUAUCGGAAAUCUACAACGAAAACGCAAACUCAAAGAUAUCCAAGGAAAUGAGCCGAAAACAGGUCAAGCUUUUUCACCUCCGAUCGGUCGAAAACGAAUAGCACUGGAAUCUACAUCAUCGUCGGGUGAUCCACGUCGAUUUGCAUCUAGGACAUUAAUACCAACUAAAGAUAAUCCUCCGCCUGAAUUAGAAAAUUGGAUAAAGCAAUUUCAGCGAUGGUCACAUGUAGAACGACUCGUCGCUGUUGACAAACUUAUAGCUCACUGUGAGCCUACUCAAGUACGCCAUAUGAUGAAAGUAAUUGAACCUCAAUUCCAACGGGAUUUUAUUUCUCUCUUACCAAAAGAAUUGGCAUUGCAAGUAUUGUCCUACUUGGAUCCGAAAGACUUGUUACGGGCAGCUCAAACCUGUCGAAGUUGGCGGUUUCUUUGCGAUGACAAUUUACUUUGGAAAGAAAAGUGUAAGCAAUCACAAAUAAUGGCAGGGCCUAACUCUGAUCAACCUAAACGGGGUAGAGCUGGGAAUAUGCCCGCAAUUUCUUCUCCAUGGAAAGCUGCGUUUAUACGGCAGCAUAUCAUUGAAACUAACUGGAGGUCAAAGCCGAUUAGAGAACCAAAAAUAUUAAAAGGUCACGACGACCACGUAAUCACAUGUUUGCAGUUUCAUGGAAACCGCAUAGUAUCAGGAUCAGACGAUAAUACGUUAAAAGUGUGGUCAGCAAUCAACGGAAAAUGUCUUCGAACUCUAGUAGGCCACACAGGCGGUGUUUGGUCAUCACAGAUGUCUGGGAAUAUAAUAAUUUCUGGAAGUACUGAUAGGACACUCAAAGUUUGGAACAUGGACACUGGUCAUUGUAUUCAUACAUUGCAAGGACAUACGUCAACUGUUCGCUGCAUGCAUUUGCACGGAAAAAAAGUUGUAAGCGGAUCUCGAGAUGCGACAUUAAGAGUGUGGGAUAUAGAAAAAGGAUUAUGUUUGCACGUGCUAGUUGGGCAUUUAGCCGCUGUAAGAUGUGUUCAGUACGACGGAAAACUAAUAGUAUCUGGAGCAUACGAUUAUAUGGUGAAAGUAUGGAAUCCCGAACGCCAGGAAUGCUUACAUACGCUGCAAGGUCAUACAAACCGAGUAUACUCUCUUCAGUUUGACGGAAUACACAUUGUUUCUGGAUCGCUCGAUACAUCGAUAAGGGUGUGGGAUGCAGAAACUGGUAGUUGUAAACAUACGCUUAUGGGCCACCAAAGUCUUACUUCUGGUAUGGAGUUAAGACAAAACAUUUUAGUUUCCGGUAAUGCUGAUUCUACUGUCAAAGUUUGGGAUAUAACCACUGGACAAUGCCUUCAAACUUUGUCAGGUUCGAAUAAACAUCAAUCAGCGGUAACAUGUCUACAAUUUAAUUCAAGCUUUGUCAUAACAAGUUCUGAUGACGGUACAGUAAAACUGUGGGACGUCAAAACUGGGGAAUUUAUAAGAAAUCUGGUUUCAUUAGAUUCAGGGGGAUCUGGAGGCGUUGUUUGGAGAAUAAGGGCCAGCGAUACAAAGUUGAUAUGCGCUGUGGGCUCUCGAAAUGGUACGGAAGAAACUAAGUUGAUGGUAUUAGAUUUCGACGUUGAUGGUGCAUGUGCCAAAUGUUCUUGAGUUGAUGAACUGUAUAUCACAUUUAGUUAUUCGAUGGUUUGCAUUUUAGUUUACACCAUUGCUCUGUGGAGCUGAUCAAUUCAAGUUUAGGGAAAGUGAAUAUAUUCAACGCGCUUAAAAGAACCAAACCACUCGCUGUAGCUUAUAUGUAAAUCUAUUUAUACAAAUAUCAUCAGUCAGUUAUUCAAUUAAGCAAUAUAGUACCUAAGUGAAGUUUUAUUAUUUCACAAGUAUGCACUAAACUAUUUCAACUAUUAAGAAUGGUAUGGAGUUGAAAAUCAUAAAAGUUUUAUAGUGAAGAAAUUAUGAAAAUUGAUGAACAACAUAUUUUAAAAAUCUAAUAUGGAUGGCAAGAGGUGAUAUCAUUUGUAUCCAUCCUUCGAAAAAGUGACCCUAACUUAUUCGUUUAUCGUUACUACUUUUGAAUUCAGUAUUCAGACUGUCCACAAUCUUAAGCCAGACUCUCAUAAUGUGAGAAUGAUUGUGAAUCGGUUUCAAAUGAAUCCAAGCAUUUUUGAAGAUGAACUUUUGACGAUUUUGAUUGCAUUGAUUGCAAUUUCACAUCGCAUUGGUUUUACAUUCAUCUAUCUUUCAAUUAGGAGGAAAUGUGUGAAAUAAAAAUACCACUAAGAACAUAUUUGUUUCCUUAAUGUAAACGUGAAUUGUAGCAGUUUAUAUUUAUUCAUUUGCACAGUUUCUAAUUCCCCAACUAUAACUUAUUUGUAUUGUUAACCGAUUUGUUGUAAUUGUUGUUAUUGAUUUUUCCAAUACAAUUUGCAGGAUUGUUAAAAUUGUUCGCUUUUUAAGCUGUUUUUCAAAGAUAAUUCAUACUUUAUAACAAACCAUCAAAAUUUCCAGCGGGAAGGAUGAAUUGAAUUUUGUUCAUGCGCAAUAACUUUUAUUGGUUUAUUGUUAAUUUAGUUAUUUUAGUCAACCUUCUAUCAGUAUGCGAGUUUAACAUUCGAAAUAAGAUAUUUUAGGCCACACAAUUGCCAUUCUAUAAAGUAAAGACAUUUGAUAACUCGGUCGUUUUCAUAAAACCGCACCUUUGUUGUACCUAAUAAAAAUUUGUUACACUCACGUGUGAAUAAUAUGUACAAUUACAAUUAUUGCCUAUAGACUGAUAUUCGUAAAAAUAAGUAAUCAAGAAAUUAUAAUUGAAUAAACGGCUUAUCGUCCAUUGAAAGAG